GAAAAUUUGAAAACAGGGUUGUUUUUAAUAUGUAAUCAUACAAGCCAUAGGUAUCCGCAGUCUGUAGGUCCCUAAUAAUUUAAGUUUAAUGCUUGUGAAAGGAAAUGUUUUUGGUUUUCGUUGCUGUUAGAAUUCAGUAAACAACCUGUUGCAGAUGCAUGAAUACUUAUUUCGUGUUUAAGGAUUGGGGAACAUCAAUUUGCCUUCAACAUGAUCCGGCCUCAUCCAUUUUAGUGUGUCACCAAUUUCUGCAUUUUCAUAUUGGAGCACUCACAAACCUUUGCACUAGAGAAUGUGUUAAGAGUGACAUCGUCAGUUAAUUGAGGGAGAUGAUAAUGUUUACAAAUAUCUGCAGAGGUAAGUGGUGGAGAAUUUGGAAGAGAUGACGACUGUGCAUUUAUAAAACGACACAGCUUUUGAGUUUUAUUAGGUUCAUGGUGGAAUCUUAGUAUUUGUUUUUAUGAUGGAAUCUUUUGAAUUUCGUGACUAAUUAACCUGCAAGUACACAUUAAUGGUAUAGGUCCGUGUGCAAAGGAUACAUGAAACACAGAAUCUUUUGAACUGCACUAAAGUCAUUGCUUUCGUGAUAUUACUCCAGUUGGCUAAUAUAAGUAAUAGGACACCCAUUUAAAUUUUCUUGCUCAUUUUCCAAUGCAGGAGCCGGCCGGGUUCUCGUUGAUAAAACAUAUAUGAAAAAGACAGUAUCGCUUUCAUUUUUCCUCUCGUCCUUGCUAGACUGGUAGUGGGUUCAAGAUAAAACCGGAUCAUUGAGAUGUGUUUGCGUUGCACCCAAAGUCACGUUUGCACGACACCCAAACUCCAUGCUCUGUGUUUUGUGAAUUGAAUUGAGCGGAGGGAAGAGAGUGAGUUCUCCCAGGAGGCCAUGUCUUUAGCCCACUUGGUAGCUUCCCCAACUAAUUUUCUUGGUCAUGGAAAAUGGAGAACAGUUUGGGCAAUGGCUUGGAUUGUGCUCCUCACACAAUGGAGGGCAAAGGGAUUGAAUAUAGAAGGCCAGGCACUUUUAUCAUGGAUGCACACUCUCAAUGAUGGGAAAGGACCACCACUUCUCAGCGCAUGGAAUCCCCAAGACUCAAAUCCCUGCAACUGGACUGGUAUCUCCUGUUCUUCACAAGGUCUGGUUAGUUCUAUUUAUUUACAUUCCAUAGAGCUUUUGGGUACAGUUCCCUCACAGUUUGCUUCUCUUGAGUCUCUCCAAUCACUUGUAAUAUCUGCAGCCAAUCUCAGUGGGACGCUUCCCAAAGAGAUUGGAGACUACAGCAAUUUGGUGUUGUUGGAUCUGAGUGGAAACAGACUCACAGGAAGUAUUCCAUCUGAAUUUGGUCAGUUAUAUAAUCUGCAAAACCUUAUUCUGAGUUCCAAUGAACUUGAAGGAAGUAUACCUCCAGAGCUUGGCAAUUGCUCAAGCCUCAUUGAGUUGGUUCUUUUGGACAAUCAGCUGAGCGGCAGGAUACCCCCAGAGUUUGGCAGGCUGUCCAACUUGGAAAUACUGCGUGCAGGUGGGAAUCCAAAUAUUGAAGGUGCACUGCCUGCUGAGCUUAGCAACUGCGCUAAUCUCACCAUACUUGGUCUUGCAGAGACAAGAAUUUCUGGUACCAUUCCUUCCUCUUUUGGGUCACUGAGAAAAUUACAAACUCUAGCACUUUACAUGUCUAUGUUAUGGGGAUCGAUCCCACCGGAGCUUGGCAAUUGUUCUGAGCUUGUGAACUUAUACCUCUAUGGAAAUAGUCUGUCAGGUUCUCUGCCCAGGGAGCUUGGUAGGCUACAGAAGUUGGAAAAACUUCUUCUAUGGCAGAAUAACUUGGUGGGAAGUAUACCCCCAGAGAUUGGCAACUGCACUAGUUUGAUAAUUAUUGACCUAUCUAUUAAUGCCUUGUCUGGGAGCAUUCCAAGCACAAUAGGCUCUUUGAAGGAUCUGACAGAGCUUCAGCUCAGUAAUAAUAAUAUCUCUGGGUCAAUACCUUCCUCGCUUGCUAAUUGCACUGCUCUUUCUCAGCUGCAACUUGAUAGCAACCAGAUAUCUGGAGAGAUACCGCGUGACUUAGGACAGCUCAAGUAUCUGACACUGCUGUAUGCUUGGCAAAAUAGGUUGCAAGGAUCAAUACCUCCCAGUUUAGGUGGCUGCAGUAAGCUGCAGGCUUUAGAUCUUACGGAGAAUAGGCUCACCGGAAGCAUUCCUCCUAGCAUAUUCCAAUUGAAGAAUUUAACAAAGUUGCUUCUUCUCUCUAACAAUCUUACUGGUUCUAUCUCUCCAAAUGUUGGGAGCUGUAGAGCUUUGAUUAGGCUCAGGUUGGAUGAUAAUCAGCUCAGUGGAGAAAUACCCAAAGAGAUUGGAGAAUUACAAAAUCUCAACUUCCUUGACAUAGCACGCAAUCACUUGACAGGAACCAUCCCUCCAGAGAUUGGAGAGUCAACUGCACUUCAGAUGCUGGAUCUUCAUGACAACCGGCUUACAGGCUAUCUGCCUGAAACGCUUGGUUUGCUGGAAAAUCUACAAGUCUUGGACUUAUCAAUGAAUAGGUUCAUUGGUUCUAUACCAACUAUGUUUAGAAAUCUGACCUCAUUGAAUAAGCUAAGGCUAAAUGCAAACGAUCUGUCUGGAGUAAUCCCAGGGGAGAUUUCUCUAUGCACUAAGUUGCAGUUCCUGGAUUUGAGCAGCAACAGACUGACAGGCAACAUUCCUUAUGAGAUCGGAAGUAUAGAGGGAUUGGACAUUGCAUUGAACUUGAGUUGCAAUUUUUUGUCUGGACCUAUCCCUGUAGAGUUUUCGGGGCUUACAAAACUAGCAGCCCUGGAUGUAUCUCGCAACAUGCUGACUGGAAAUCUAUAUACACUUGGCCAACUACAAAAUCUUGUAUCUCUGAACGUUUCAUCCAAUAAUUUCUCUGGAUAUCUGCCAGAUACAAGCUUUUUCAGAGAAUUGCCUGUAGCUGAUUUAACAGGCAAUGUACAUCUUUGUACUUCAGGAGCCGAUGACUGUUUUGAACAGGUCGGCUACCAGCCCCAGGAAGGACGUUCGAGAAUCUCUACAGUGAAGCUCAUCAUAGGGCUUCUGUUUAGCAUAACGGGGCUGAUGUUGGUUUUAGGGAUCUUUAUGCUGAAUAAAGCCAGAAGAAUGUCUCAGAGAGACUUUGAGGAUUCUGAGAACAGUUGGCACUGGCACAUGACACCAUUCCAGAAGCUCAGUUUCUCUGUUGAAGAUGUUGUUCAUUGUCUGGUUGAUGACAAUAUAAUAGGCAAAGGGUGUUCAGGCUUAGUUUAUAGAGCAGAAAUGCCUAACAGAGAUGUAAUAGCAGUUAAAAAGCUUUGGCCUUCAAAGAAAGGAGGACAAGAGAGAGAUUCAUUUUGUGCAGAAGUAAAGACACUAGGGUCCAUCCGCCAUAGAAAUAUUGUGAGACUUUUGGGUUAUUGUUCAAACAAUUCAAGCAAGCUUCUGAUGUAUGACUAUAUGCCUAAUGGCAGCUUGGGUGUUAUGUUGCAUGAGAUGAGAGGCAUGCUGGACUGGGAGCACAGAUACAACAUAAUCCUAGGCGCAGCACAGGGGCUGGAGUAUCUACACCAUGAUUGUGUGCCUGCAAUUGUGCACAGAGAUGUUAAGGCUAACAAUAUACUGCUAGGCCCUCAUUUCGAACCAUAUCUUGCAGAUUUUGGGCUCGCCAAGCUCAUAAACCCAUCUGAUAAUUACGCCAAGUCUUCAACAAAUGUUGCUGGAUCGUACGGAUACAUAGCUCCUGAGUACGGAUACAUGAUGAAGAUUACAGAGAAGAGCGAUGUGUACAGCUAUGGAGUGGUAUUACUAGAAGUACUAACGGGAAAGCAGGCCGUUGAUCCAUGCUUGAGCGAAGGAGCAGCCAUGCACUUGGUGGAGUGGGUGAGGGAAAACAUAGACAAAAAGAGAGAGCUGGUGGAGGUGCUAGACCCUCGCCUGCAAGGCAGAGCAGAUCAAGAGAUUGAAGAGAUGUUACAGGCAGUAGGAGUGGCACUCCUCUGUGUCAAUCCCAAUCCAGAAGAGCGCCCCACCAUGAAGGAUGUGGUUGCCCUUCUCAAAGAAAUCCGCCAUGCUGCUGACUGCAGUGACCAUGAUUAUGACAACAAACUCCAUGUCCUCAUUCACCAGCCCACUGCUUACUCCCACUCUGUUUCCCCUUCUCAUGAUGAUGAAGAGCAGCUGCAGCAGCAGGAAGAAGAAGAAGAAGAGGAUGCUCAGCUCAUUAUGACCACAUCACCCCACUCUCACUCUCAUGACUCCAUUAAUGUUUCUUCUUCCACAACCUCCUCCAGGCUUCAUUAAUCCACUUUCUCUGUAUCUCCAUCUCUGUUAAAUGUAAAUUGUUGUUUCAUUAUGCUGUGUCUGAAAAGACUCUUCCUGAACGAUCGAAUGAUUCAACAGUAAAAGAUACUCUUUUUAAGGAAACAAAUGAUUUUAUCAAAGAACAGUGAGCAGGUGGUCUAUGAGUGCAAGAUUUUCUUUGUAGAUGGAGAGAAUUUUUCCAUUUGGUAGUUAAACCCAAUGUGUAAAUCUUCAUAGCAAUGAAUUAAUAAAUUUCUGAAUG